ACCGUGGAACGAGCAAAUAUCCGGACGUGGCGAGACGCUCGACGCCUCGAACGAAGAUUUAGGCGAUGUACGACCACUGGUCCACCGCCCUGAUUCAGACAUUACCGGUUCGAUGAAGAACGGUACCGAAGACAGCCCUUUGGGCUCUCACGUAUUAAAUCGGCGAUCGGUGACCGCGUUAGAAACGAAAGAAGACGAGGCUCGACACAAUGCACGUGCUUCUGAUUCCGUUGAACCGUCCAAUCCGAACGACAAACCUAGCCCCGAUCCACGAACCGAUUCUUCGUUCGUGCCUUCUCCAGUGGAUCGUUACGAGGAUCAACACUCCGCGAUCAAUUCACGCGAGCAAGAGGCCGACACUGAGGUUAACUCAUUCAAACCUUACCACGGUUUGUCAGGGGAAAGAAACGCGAAAGAUCGAUCUGACAGCUAUAGAUCACAAUCCGACGAACAGCUUCCGAUGCUGGACCUGAUACGAAACCGACGUUUCGAGAACCUCGGAUUUGGCUUACCUGGGCAACCCGUCAGGAAGCUAGUUGACUUCGUGAUGAACAGACUGGCAUUGAAGCCUACGAGUUCUAAUGUGAAUCAGCAGACAGACUCUAGAUCUCCGAGAAAUUUACUCGAGCAUGCUAGGAGCUUGCUACGCGACGUCAAGGGAAACAUAGAGUCUGGAGUAUCUGGUAUGCACAAGGCAGUCGGGCUGGGCAACUUGUCUGAAAAUUCUAACACGGGAAGAUCGUGAUCUCCUCUUAAGUUUAGAUAAAAUUAAUGGCACGUUACAAAUGUAUACGUUAUUUUAAUUCAUAGGUAAUUCGGUACAAAUGAAGAACGCUAUAUGUAUAUUUAUCUUGUAACAGUAUUGUUUCAUCUUACCUAAUGUUUUACUGAAAUAAAAUACGCGAACGGCGGAGUUGGAAGUUUCAUCGACGUUUGUGUUGUCUUAAUCUCGUUCGGAUAAGUAAACUGUCGGGGGGAUCGACGAACUGGACAUGUAUAAAAAGAGACGAAGAACC